AACUUUUUAAAAAUAAAAAAAAAUGCUGUACUAAUUCUAGUAACAGAAACAGCAUCGGAUGGAUCAUCAUCUGAUGCCUGUGGCGCAGACAGAGUAAGUGCGAACUACCCACAAGACAACCUCAUAAAAAAACACAUAACACUUCGGAAAAGCAAAGACAUUUUGAUUCUCAGUUGCCAUCGAAGGGAAAAAAAAACAAAAAUGGGAAGAUCUUUAGUUUCCUCCACCAACAUUCCUCCCACGUUUUCUCAAACACCCAGAUCAAUUUCACCCCCGGUUCACCCGAACCAGUACCAACCUUACAAAUUCACUGCAAAUUCUCCUUUGGGGCAUCAAAAAGUUGGAUUUUUGAGCACCAAUUCCACAAGAAAACUAUGCACGGGAGCCUUGUUAUCAGAGGUUUCUAACCAGAGACAGUAUCCCAAAGUUGGUGCCAAAUCAACUGGACCAAUUCCUCCAAGUCAGCUCAUUGAAGUUGUUGAGACUGCUGCAAAAGCUGGUGCUGAGGUGGUGAUGGAUGCUGUCAACAAACCAAGAAAUAUCACAUAUAAAGGACUAACCGACUUGGUAACCGACACAGAUAAAAUGAGUGAGGCCGCUAUUCUUGAAGUAGUAAAAAGGAAUUUUGGAGAUCACCUGAUCCUUGGGGAGGAGGGAGGAAUUAUAGGAGAUACCUCUUCAGAUUAUCUUUGGUGUAUUGAUCCUUUAGAUGGAACAACAAAUUUUGCACACUGUUAUCCUAGCUUUGCAGUUUCAGUGGGUGUUCUGUUUCGAGGAAAUCCUGCCGCUGCUUCUGUGGUGGAAUUUGUUGGGGGCCCUAUGUGUUGGAAUACCCGUACAUUUUCUGCUACUGCUGGUGGGGGAGCAUUUUGUAAUGGACAGAAAAUCCAUCCCAGUCAAACUGAUAAGGUGGAGCAAUCUCUUCUUGUGACUGGGUUUGGAUAUGAACAUGAUGAUGCAUGGAUUACCAACAUCGAAUUAUUCAAGGAAUUUACUGACAGCAGUAGAGGUGUGAGAAGGCUCGGUGCUGCAGCUGUGGACAUGUGCCAUGUAGCUCUUGGAGUAGCAGAAGCGUAUUGGGAAUAUUGUCUAAAACCAUGGGAUAUGGCUGCUGGUGUAUUGAUAGUUGAAGAAGCUGGUGGUGCAGUGACUCGCAUGGAUGGUGGAAAGUUUUGUGUCUUUGAUAGAUCUGUUUUGGUAUCUAAUGGAGCACUUCAUGCCAAGCUUUUGGAGAGGAUCGCACCUGCAACAGAGAAACUGAAGAAUAAAGGAAUUGAUUUCUCAUUAUGGUAUAAGCCAGAGAAUUACCUCACUGAUCUUUGAAAUGCCAAAGAGUUAUACUUCUGUUUCCUGACGCAAAAUGAAGGUUCUAUGCAGCAAGCAGCUUCAACAACAUUUAGCAUUGAGGAAUAUAGCACUUUCUACCUCUUACUAGCCAGCACCAUUUCUGAUUCUGCAUUUCCCUCCAUCACAUUUCUUCUCUGCUCAAUCUGUCAAUCACUGAAAAUUACCUAAUCAUAUCCUUUUUUUAAUUUUAUUUUGCAUUAAGUGAUAAUAUUGACUUCAGUGCAAGAUGGCCCUCUCCUAGGUCUUCAAAAUAGUACACUCCCCUUCCCCCAUGUUGAGACGAAGACCCUCCCAUUUCCAAUGGUCAGUAAUGAGCCAUAUAGUUUUGCCAGAAAACCCGCCAUUGCAAUGUGGUUAAAAUCAUUACAAGCUGAAGAAGAGAGUUUAAACAAGUGGUGGCAGUUUAUAAUGCCUUUUGACUGGACAAAACUGGAAAGAGCCAGUGGGGGGAUAGACAUGCAUGGCAUUUGUUGUUAUAUUUCUCGUUGUUAGUAAAGUAAUAUGUAAUGGUCUGGUGGCAAUGGGUAUUAGCCGUUAUUAACUUCUUCAAAUUACUACUACAGUUGUGGUUUUACUUGUAUGCAUCAUUUCUAAUCAUAUAUUUUCCGUUAAACUUCUUUUU